GACCCGGCCCGGCUCGGCCCGGCCCGGCUCGGGGGCAGCGCGGGCUGAGCCGGGCUCGCUGUCCCUGUGCAGAGAGACAACUGGGCCGUGGAGGAGGUGAUCCGGAUCCCGGCCAAGGACGUGUCGGGCUGGAUCAUGCCCAAGAUGCCAGCCUUCAUCGCCGACCUCGUCAUCAGCCCGGACGACCGGUUCCUGUACGUGUGCAAUUGGCUGCACGGGGACAUCCGGCAGUACGAGCUGGCCAGGAACUGCAAGCCCCGGCUGGUGGGGCAGGUGUUCGUGGGGGGCAGCAUCCUGCGAGGGGGCCCCGUGACCGUGUGCAGGGACGAGGAGCUCAAGUGCCAGCCCGAGCCGCUGGUGGUCAAGGUGAGCGGGGACAGGGCCGGCAGCGCCGGGGGGCUUGGGGGGA